AUGUCUUCUAAUAGUGUGCCACAAAAGAACGGUGAAAUCCAAGAAGAUGGGCUUUCGAGAAUACAACAACAGAUGGAAUUUAUGUUUGGUGGGCUAAUGACUAGGAUUGAAAAAUUAGAGACUAGGUCUGAUGGAGAGCGUAGUAAAAGGGGUAGAGAAGCUAGGAAGGAGGAGAGUGUUGCUGGAAACUCUGCAGAUGAAGUCGAGGAUGAUCUUAACCGUGGUGGUGGGUUCCGUACACAUAGGGGAGAGAUGUAUGAGAAUCGGUCAAGGAGGGGACAUAUUCGACCACAUAGGGAUUUUGAGCAUAGAGGGGAUUUUGAUGAUUUGGGAGAUAUAUACCGAAAUUUGGGUAGUAUUAAGUUAAAAAUCCCAGCCUUUAAGGAAAAAACUGAUCCGGAAGCUUAUUUAGAUUGGGAAAAAAAGGUGGAGAUGAUUUUUGACAUCCAUAGGUACUCUGAAGAAAAGAAGGUUAAGUUAGCUGUAGUGGAGUUUACUGACUAUGUCAUGGUUUGGUGGGAGAGAUUGGUGGUAAAAAGAAGAAGGAAUAGAGAAAGACCAGUUAGCACAUGGGAGGAGUUGAAGACAAUAAUAAAGAAGAUGUAUGCUCCUAAACAUUAUUAUCGGGAGUUGUUUAAUCGUUUACAAAUGAUUACGCAAGGUAAUAAGAGUGUGGAGGAGUAUCAGAAAGAAUUAGAGGUGGCUAUGAUUAGAACUAAUGUUAAUGAAGAUGAGGAAGUUACGAUGUCUAGGUUUUUGAAUGGUUUGAAUAGAGACAUAGCUAAUGUUGUGGAGUUGCAAUCAUAUGUUGAUUUGGAGGAGUUAGUACAUUUAGCCAUUAAGGUUGAAGGACAGUUGAAAAGGAAGGGUAAUACACGAUCUGGAGCUUAUAAGGGGUCUUCUUCGGGUUGGAAGAUGAAUUAUAGGAGAGAGGGUAGUGCAUCAUCGAAGCCUUUGGUGACUUCUAAAGUUGCCGAACCUAACUCCAUGAAGAAGCAGGUUUUGACCAAUGAACAAAAACUUAAGGGAGAAGUUCAACCGAAGCGUAAUCAUGAUAUAAAGUGUUUCAAGGGUCAAGGAUUGGGACACUAUGCAUCAGAAUGUGCAAAUCGUCGAGUUAUGAUUCUAAGGGAUGAUGGAGAGAUUGUGUCCACUAGUGAGGAGUCUGAUUGUGAUGACAUGCCCCCACUUGAGGAUGCUAGUGAUUUAGAGUAUGUUGUUGGUGAUAAAGUUUUGGUGAUUAGAAGGUCACUUAGUGUUCAGACUAAGGAGGAUGAUGUGGAGCAACAAAGGGAGAACAUCUUCCAUACUAGAUGCCUAAUCAACGAUAAGGUAUGUAGUAUGAUCAUUGAUAGCGGUAGUUGUACAAAUGUUGCUAGUGUUACUUUGGUUAGAAAGUUGGGAUUGAAUACCAUAAAGCAUGAGAGGCCUUAUCAACUUCAAUGGUUGAAUGAAUGUGGUGUUGUUAGGGUGAAUAGACAGGUGAUGAUUUCUUUUUCAGUAGGCAAAUAUAAGAAUGAAGUGUUAUGUGAUAUUGUCCCUAUGCAUGCUACUCAUCUAUUACUAGUGAGGCCUUGGCAAUUUGAUAGAAAAGAAUUUGAGGAUGUCUUUCUGGAUGACAUUCCUAGUGGUUUGCCACCAAUUAGAGGUAUUGAGCAUCAAAUUGACUUUGUUCCAGGAGCAUCUAUACCAAAUAGGCCGGCUUAUAGGAGCAAUUCUGAAGAGACUAAGGAGCUUCAAAGGCAAGUGGGGGAGUUGAUGUCGAAAGGAUACAUUCGAGAGAGCAUGAGUCCUUGUGCAGUUCCCAUGCUUCUUGUUCCAAAAAAGGACAAAACUUGGCGAUAUGUGGUUAGUGCAAAAGGUAUAGAAAUGGAUGAGGCUAAGGUUAAGGCUAUUCAAGAAUGGCCUACACCAAAAUCCAUAACAGACGUUAGGAGUUUUCAUGGUUUGACUAGUUUUUAUAGGAGAUUUGUUAAAGACUUUAGUACGAUAGCCUCUCCAUUGACUGAAAUUGUUAAGAAAGUCGUGGGUUUCAAGUGGGGAGAAGAACAAGAAAAUGCUUUUAGCUUGUUAAAAUCAAAGUUGAUUUCGACACCUUUACUAUCUUUACCUGAUUUUAAUAAAGCUUUUGAGAUUGAAUGUGAUGCUUCAAGAAUAGGUAUUGGAGUCGUUUUAAUGCAAGAAAAACAGCCCAUCGCUUAUUUUAGUGAGAAACUCAAUGGUGCAACUCUUAACUAUCCCACUUAUGAUAAAGAGUUGUAUGCAGUUGUGCGGGCUUUGGAGACUUGGCAACAUUAUCUGUGGCCCCGAGAGUUUGUCUUACAUACUGAUCACCAAUCGUUGAAAUAUUUGAAGGGUCAAGGUAAGUUAAGUAGGAGACAUGCUAAAUGGGUUGAAUUUAUUGAAACUUUUCCAUAUGUGAUUAAAUACAAGCAAGGUCAGGAAAAUGUGGUCGUCGAUGCCUUGUCGCGAAGGCAUGAUGGAUUUUUGUUUAAGGAAAAUAAGUUAUGUGUGCCUAAUUGUUCUUUACGUGAAUUACUUGUGAGGGAAGCACAUGGGGGAGGUUUAAUGGGGCAUUUUGGAAUUACUAAAACUUUGGAGGUUCUGCGUGAGCACUUUUAUUGGCCUAAUAUGAAAAGAGAUGUGCAAAGAAUGUGUGAUAGGUGCAUAACAUGUAGACAAGCUAAGUCUAGGGUAAUGCCUCAUGGAUACACACCUUUGCUUGUUCCUAAGGAACCUUGGGUUGAUAUUUCUAUGGAUUUCAUUUUGGGUCUACCUAGGUCUAAGAAAGGGAGAGAUUCUAUAUUUGUUGUUGUGGAUAGAUUUUCUAAGAUGGCACAUUUCAUUGCUUGCCAUAAAACUGAUGAUGCAAUAAAUAUAGCUGACCAAUUCUUUAGAGAGGUCAUUCGGCUACAUGGUCUUCCUAGGAGCAUUGUAUCCGAUCGAGACGUUAAGUUUUUGAGUUACUUUUGGAAGGUUUUGUGGGGUAAGUUAGGAACUAAACUUUUAUAUUCUACUACUUGUCAUCCACAAACAGAUGGCCAAACUGAAGUUGUUAACCGGACUUUGAUUCAAUUGUUAAGGGCUAUCAUUCAAAAGAAUCUUAAAAAUUGGGAAGAUUGUUUGUCAUUCAUUGAAUUUGCAUAUAAUCGUAGUGUGCAUUCUACUACUGAUUAUUCCCCAUUUGAGAUUGUUUAUGGUUUUAACCCUUUGACACCAUUAGAUUUGAUUCCUUUGCCUGUUGAUGAAAGGGUUAAUGAUUUUGUUUGGGUGCAUAUGAGGAAGGAAAGGUUUCCUAAACAAAGAAGAUCAAAGUUGAUGCCUCGAGGAGAUGGUCCUUAUCAGAUCAUAGAAAGGAUUAAUGAUAAUGCCUACAAAGUG